GCGCAUGUGUGCGGCUGUGUUCCGACUUUCCGGGUAAAGAUGGCAGAGCGCGGUUACAGCUUCUCGCUGACUACAUUCAGCCCAUCUGGUAAGCUUGUCCAGAUUGAAUAUGCUUUGGCUGCUGUAGCUGGAGGGGCCCCUUCAGUGGGAAUUAAAGCUGCAAAUGGUGUAGUAUUAGCAACUGAGAAGAAGCAGAAGUCCAUCCUGUAUGAUGAAAGGAGCGUACACAAGGUGGAGCCCAUAACCAAACACAUCGGUUUGGUGUAUAGUGGCAUGGGCCCGGAUUACAGAGUACUUGUACACCGAGCUCGGAAACUUGCUCAGCAAUACUACCUUGUUUACCAAGAGCCCAUUCCCACAGCCCAGCUGGUACAGAGAGUAGCAUCUGUGAUGCAAGAGUAUACGCAGUCAGGUGGUGUUCGUCCAUUUGGUGUUUCUUUACUUAUUUGUGGGUGGAAUGAGGGACGACCAUAUUUAUUUCAGUCAGAUCCAUCUGGAGCUUACUUUGCUUGGAAGGCUACAGCAAUGGGAAAGAACUAUGUGAACGGGAAAACUUUCCUUGAGAAAAGAUAUAAUGAAGACCUAGAACUGGAAGAUGCCAUUCACACAGCCAUCUUAACCCUAAAGGAAAGCUUUGAAGGGCAAAUGACAGAAGAUAACAUAGAAGUUGGGAUCUGCAAUGAGGCUGGCUUUAGGAGGCUCACGCCAACUGAAGUCAGGGAUUACUUGGCUGCUAUAGCGUAAUGAAGACGUGCUGGAACAAUCAAGAUCUCACACACUCUACUUUUUCAUGUUUAAAGUAUGUUUUGUUUGUGUAGACUUAUUUCUACAUGGUUUAGUGGAUUCACAUUUUAAAAAUAAUCAUAAUAAACUGUUAAAACCAAUUUUUAGUUUUUAAGAGUAAAGCUUGCAUAUACUUCUUUCUUUAUCAUAGUUGACUUUUGGAAAUUAUACUGAAAAUUAAAUGGUAAAAUCAC